AACUCACCAAAUUACCGACACAGACAGAAACUCACCGCUGCCACGUCGAGAGAGAGAGAGAACGAGGCCGUGUUUGCAGCAGUAACAGCGAAUAAAUAGUAAGUAAAGAGAACUAUUUAUUCAACUGGUGGGAGAAAUGUUUUAUCCGAAAACUCCUUUUCUGCGAAAACCGCAGUUGGAAAAAGAACUUCUCAAAAUAAAUGUUGCAGCUCUGCCGGAACUUUUGGAGUGGCUAUGUCAGGCGCCUAGUUUGACAACGUAUCGGGUUAACACUUUAACCAUUGAUCCAAAGGAUUACCUACACAAGCUUGAGCAGACCCUUGUAGAUCGCUUUGGCCAGAGAGCACCUAAGGUUUUUCGCAUACCGGAUAUCCCCGAAAUGAUGUGCAUAGAUCCCUUUAAAGAUCAAAGUUCCGGAAAAGGCGGCAAGGACGAUAAAUGCCAACCCUCUACAACUCGCCGUGAGAUUAUUGUGGACACUAGUUGUGGCGCUGCUCUGUUACGCGGUUCUCAUAUUUAUGCUCCUGGAGUUUUGGCCAUGGAAACUGGAACUCAACUCCAUGAAUGUGUGGAUGUCUAUGCUGACGUUGAAGGCAAUUGCAAACGAGGUACAGCAACGCGUUACGAGAGCUCUGAAAAGAUUUUCAUAGGCAUCGGUAUAGUCAAAAUGCAGCGAUACCAGUUGUACAAUAAUCAAAAGGACUCUCCCAGCGGCAUAGCCAUUCAAAUGCAAUCAACUGUUAGUGGAGUUCCCUCUUUGGGGGAUCUGAGCGAUGCCUAUGGUUUACUCCAAAAUCUUCCCUCUAUGGUAUGCGUGCGUGUUCUAAAUCCUCAGCCCGGUGACCGUGUUCUGGACAUGUGUGCGGCACCGGGCAACAAAACCUCACACAUAGCCGAACUAAUGCGAGAUCAAGGAGUUCUGGUGGCUCUAGACAACUCCAAGAGUCGUAUCAAAGCUAUGCAGUCUCGCAUAGGACAUUAUAAAUGUAUACAAAGCCACGUUUUCGACUCGACCAAAGCUUUGGCGGAGCAUAAUGAUCAGCAUAAUGAUCCACCCUUUUCUUCUGCCAGCUUUGAUCGCAUUCUUUUGGACGCUCCCUGCAGUGGAAUAGGCAAUCGUCCGCAGCUAUCCUGUGCCAGUCAACUCAAAACAGCGAAAGAUCUUAAAUCCUAUCCGAAUAUCCAGCGUCGUCUCUUCGGACAAGCUGUGCAUCUGUUAAGACCUGGCGGUACUUUAGUUUACAGCACUUGCACUGUUACCGAAGCCGAAUGUGAGGAAAUUGUUGAAUGGGCCCUGAGAAAGUUUCCUGAAAUCCAUUUGCUCGAUGCCGUACCCAGAUUGGGACAUUCUGGUUUGUCACUUCCUAACUUCGAUCAAGACCAAGCUAAGUUAUUGCAACGUUUUGGUCCUGGCCAGAAUUUGGAUACUGUUGGUUUUUUCAUAGCUAAAUUUGGGAAAACAGAAUCGAAAUAAAACAUAACAUUAUUAUCUUUCUUAGAAAAUAAACAAAAGUUGUUUUUCAAAUAUAAAAA